UUAACCUAAACUGUCAGGAAAAUUCAAAUUUGUUCAUUGUCAACAUUCUCAGGCAGACAGUUACAAAUUCCAUUAAAACCUGUGAUUAAAACGCGACCGUUUUCAGGACUCAAAACCGCUUCGCAGAGUUAAACUAAACUAGUCAAAAGCCCUGUGAAACUUUUGUCAAGCUACCUAGAAUAUGCCGGAAAAGCGAAGGUCCAUUCACGAGCUUUUGGAGCCUUCACGAAGGACAUCGUUGUUUGAGCAGCCGGGAGAGGAGGGACGCAGCGAUGCCCAGCUGAAGGAAUGGGAGAAAAGAUGGGGCUACAUUAAGCCGGAUUUUGUAAAUGUUAUUUCGUAUCCAGAUGAGAAUGCUCGAGCCUGUAACAAGGAAAACGAUGACUGGACAUCGGGGUUGAAAAUUGCCCUAGAAGAAGCUGGGAGGAAUUCCGAAAAACUUUGUAGCCCCCAAGUCAUAUCGUGCAACUUAUCAAACGAGCAGAAAGUCUUUUCAGCAUGUAUAGAGUCCAAAAUUUAUCAGUUUUUGCAAACUGCCAGCAACAUGGCACGGGAUGUUGAAAUUGAAGCGUUCCAGAAGCUCACAUUGGAUGAAGACUGGGGCUUCAAAUUGGUGGAAAGGCUAAUAACAUCAAAGUUGGAGAAAUAAGUGUUUAUACCAUUAAUAUUCAGUCACCCCUGUAUCGUACAAUAUUGUUUUCUGUUUCAUGGAUCUCAACCUCAUGCAACCAUUCAGGAUGGUCCAUAAUUUCCUGCAUACGCUUCCAACAAUAAACGGCCACAUUCUCGGUUGUGCUCGGUUUAUCUUUGAAAUACUCUAUAUCUUUGUCAAUGUUCUUAUGAUCCAUCGGUUUCAUUAUAGCCGCUUCCAUGUACUUCUUCAAAUGGGUGAGAUUCAUUAGCAUUCCAGUCGUUUUGUCGAUUUCCCCAAACAACGUCACUUUAACUGAAAAGCGAACAUUGAUGUGGGCUUUUACACGAUCACUAGCUGGCACGUACUUAUGUAAUUAUGUCCGUGACCAUUAGGAUGGUUGCAUUUGCCAAAAACUUCCUGGUUCAUUUCGUCAGAUAAAUAUGGGCUGCAAGUUCAAAGCAGAACCAAUCAGAAAUUAACAUUUUACGAUGCAGCUGCUCACUAUUGGGAUUGAGUUAGAGAAGUUAUUGAUAUAAAAAUGACUGUAUGUUUCUAGUAGAAUGUUUAGUAGUUGAUUAUUGUUACUUGUAAGUGGUAAGAUCCACAUCUUACCUAUGAAGUCUGUGGCAAGCUGACAAAGUGAUUCGCCUCGUUUGGUAGCAUUUUGGGGGCUUUUGAAUGCUGCUCAUGAUGAUUUAGAAAAUCUAUUGAAUCAAGAGCAAUGUUCAGUCAAUACGGACACGGUUGGGCAGCUGCAAUACUUUGGCUGUUGCUCAUUAAAUAUUCCUUGAACGAUUA